UCUGUCUAGUAAAAUUUGCACUUCCUAAAGUAAACAAGUAACGAGUCUUGCUCAUGGCCGACGUCAAUUUGCAGACGGGUUUGCUGCUGAAAGUUUGUGGUACACUGGUCUUGGGUUCAGCCAUUGUUUGGGUAGUGAGGAGAUUUAGUAUGAGACCCAGGGAGCCUGUUCCUAAGGAUAUAAUUGUUCAUCACCAGCCAAGUCGCGGUCCAUUCGCUCCAAGUUUGACUCCAUUUAGCCUAAAAUUAGAGACCUUUCUUAAAAUGGCAAAUGUACCAUAUACGAAUGUUUACGAUAGCUUUAAGAACCGCAGCUCUAAAGGCAAAAUGACGUGGAUAGAGUACAACGGAGAAGACAUCGCCGACUCUGAGCUUUGUAUUGACUAUAUCAAGGACAAGUUCCAGGUGGAUGUUAACUCUGAUUAUACACCGGAACAGUUGGCGAGUGGGUUCAUGGUUCAAAAGAUGGUGGAGGACCAUUUAUAUUGGACAUUGAUACUGUAUCGGUAUGUGUAUGAGGGCGCUCUAAGACUGGGCGCCUAUCGCUCCUUCUCCUUCCUCUUUAGAUACAUGGCAAAAUGGAAGGUACUGAAGGAUUCCAAGGCACACGGCAUAGGACGGCAUAGUCAGAACGAGGUCAACACACUCAUGACGCGAGAUCUCGAAAAUCUGUCCAAUUACUUAGGUACAAAGAAGUUCUUGCUGGGAGAACAGCCAUCACAAGUGGAUUGUAGUGUGUUUGGAAUGUUAUCUCAGUUCUUCUGGCAUGGGUUUGGUGAUCCAACAGAAGAAGCUAUUAAAAAAUUUCCAAAUCUAUGCCAAUAUUGUGAACGUAUGAAGACGGAGUUUUGGCCGGACUGGGACAAGUGCAUAACACACGGUGAAUCUGGACAGACAGUCAAAUAACCGACGCUCAUUUUGUCGUUUUUUCUUGAUUUUGUUUUUUAUAACAGUAUUAGAAUAUCUAUAUCUGUCAUACCUGAAUGGAUUGACAACGAUUUACGAUUAUCUAGAAUAUUGCAUUUAAGACUGCAUGAUAUGUGUAAAUGUGUAUCAAUUGUUUUCGAUUAAAUCAUUUGAUUGCUGUAUUAAUAUGAUCCGUUUAAAAAUCCAGAUCACGUCUCUAAAUCACUGGCUCUGGGUGUUUACAGGAAUGUACAUCUAAUCUCAAUCUCUCAUUUGCAAAAGAAUAUUCAUAAAUUACAUGUAAUAAUCGUUAGAUUUUUUUAUUUUGGAUGCAUGGACUUAAAAAUGUAUUCUAUAUUUGUACCAUGCUACAUGUACGAAACGUUCAUGUAUCAAAUUGACGGUUUAUACAACUUUUGCUCUUUAUGUUCAAUCUGUAAUAAAAUAUUUUGGUAUUUGAA